GGUUGGAAAUGUUGGUGUUUCUUGUGAAAUUGUGAAAACAUGAGCGAUUCCUCCAGCGAUGUGGACAGUGAUACUCCUCCUGCACCUGGGAGCUCUGCACUGUACAGUCUCCUCCUCUCUGCCGAGCCCCAUCAAUGUGACCUUCUCUUCAGUCAAUCUAAGGAAUGUGCUGCAAUGGUUCCCAGGAAGUGGCACACCACAUGACACACAAUUUACAGUACAAUAUGCCAUCUACGGGGAAAGUGUUAAGGGCAACAAAGAAAGAAAGGCCAACUGGAGGGCGGUGUGGCGGUGUACAAAAAUUGUGCAGAGCUGGUGUGAUCUGAGCAAUGAGACGUGGGAUCUGGAGCAGGGAUACUAUGCCAGGGUUCGUGCCGUGAGCCCUGGAGCGUCCUCCUCAUGGGCCGUGACACAGAGGAGAUUCGAUCCAAAGACGGAGAUUAGCUUUGGCCCUCCACUGGUUUCUGUGGAAAUAGAGGAGAGCAACGCCAUCAUCACUCUGAAGGGACCAAUGAGAUAUCAGCCUAACAAUCACAUCCCAGCGAUUUCCAUGGCGACACUAUACCCCCAGAUGACUUACCACCUCUCCGUUAUAGAUAGGCAUCACGGCAAAACACUACACGUCCCAGUGGCCUCCAGUUCGUACAAAUACCAACUGAUGGAGUACAGCACAGAGUACUGCUUCUCUGCCAAGGCGACUUUCCUGUCAAUGCCCGCCAUAUGCCAGUCCUCGGCGUUGCAUUGCAUAACCACACCUCAAGACCCUGUGAUUGCCCAGCUGAAGUGGGUGAUUGUGGGUAUUGUUGUUCCGUCUGUGUGCGUGUGUAUGGUGGGGGUGGUUGGCUACCUUCUCCACCGCUACCUGUCGGGGAAAGGACAGAAGAGCCCAUACAUACUGAACCCGCCUGCUUUUCAUCCGCCCGUUCUGACGUUUCCCCCGGAGAAACCCAACCUCAUGGUCAUCGCCAUCAUCAAACCAAAAGACCCUGCGUGGACCGAGCGCCCGCAUCACCUCCCACAUCGCCCACCAGGAUACGCUUCCCAGAGCCCCGAAACACUACCAGAGGCCGAGGAAACCUGGGAUGAUUCUUCAGUCGACUACGGGUUUAUCGGCGUCGCUAACAGAAGAGAAGAUGGGAAUAAUCUGAAAGGAAAAGAUCAGAAAUGCACAGCCAUUCACAGUUACGAGAAAAGACAGAUGAGCACACUUAAACAAGCGCAUGCGUGGACGAUGACGCAAACUCCGCUGUCUUUUCAGGGAGCAACUAUGCGAGAGGUGGAUGGAGAGGAGGAGGAUGGAGGGUUUCAAGGUUUAUUCAUAAGCACAGCCCAACAAAACGGCCUCCUCCGAAUGCCCUUAAAUCUACCAACAAGCAAGGGUGGAAUGGGGGAAGCGAUGGACGGAGAGGGGAGAGUAAGAACAGAUGGAGGCGUGGAGGAUGGAAGAAGUGAAAAUGAGGAGGUGCCACUUCUUUCUUCUUAUGCCUCUCAGAACACCAGAGACAUGCCGACCUCCCGCUCCGACCAGUCCGAUUUCUUACCAGAAGACUACGGCGUUCUGAGAAUGGCUGCAGCACACAAAAUAGAGGAAGAUGAGGAAGAGGAGGCAAAUAUAUGUAUUGAUUGGAAUCCAGAGACCGGGAAACUAGUGUUGCCAAUGAUGGAUGGGUUGAUGCAGGGAGAGAAACAGGGGGGGGAGGAGGAGGAGAAAGAGGAGGAGGAGGAGGAGGUUGGGUUGAGGUUGGAAAACGUAUUUGUAAGACAAGGGUCCGAGGAAAAGGCGGAGGCGCAGAGAGAGAUGGGGGUGGACGGGGAUGACUUUUUGACCAGAUGGAACUUGGUGGUCUCGAUGGAUGAGUAG